CUUGAGCAGCUGAGACACCUCGGCAGGACGGGACGAACGGGGCAGCCAUGGAUGGGUUUCACCCCUGGGCAGGAGCAGCUGGGCACGGGCAGGACGUGCUCGGUGCCACCAGCCGGGCAGGACAAAGGCUGUCCCCGCUGUCCCUGCGGGUGGUGGCGGCCGCCUGCCUGUCCCUCCUCAUCCUCUGCACGCUGCUGGGGAACGCCCUGGUGUGCGCGGCCGUGCUCCGGUUCCCACACCUGCGCUCCAAGGUCACCAACCUCUUCGUGGUGUCCUUGGCCGUGUCCGACCUGCUGGUGGCCGUCCUGGUGAUGCCCUGGAGAGCUGCCAGCGACGCGCUGGGCUUCUGGCCCUUCGGGGCUUUCUGUGACCUCUGGGUGGCUUUUGACAUCAUGUGCUGCACGGCCUCCAUCCUCCACCUGUGCCUCAUCAGCGUCGAGCGCUACUGGGCCAUCGCCAGCCCCUUCCUCCACCCCAGGAGGGUGACACGGCGCCUGGCCUUCGUCACCAUCGCCGUGGCUUGGCUGCUGUCCCUCCUCAUCUCCUUCAUCCCCGUGCGGCUGCGGUGGCACAGGGCCCGGGGGCCGCCCGGCCGGGAGCAGCCGGGCCUGAACGGCUCUGCGGAGGAGGGGAGCUGUGACCCCAGCCUCAGCGGGGCCUACGCCAUCUCCUCGUCCCUCGUCAGCUUCUACAUCCCCGUUGCCAUCAUGCUGGGCACCUACGGCCGCCUCUUCCGCAUCGCCCGGCGCCAGCUCCGCAGGAUCUCCUCCCUGGAGAGACCGGCGGGGCGCAGCGGCCGCCCUCGGGAAACCUCCCUGAACACCUCCCUCAGGAAGGAGACCAAGGUGCUCCAGACGCUCUCCAUCAUCAUGGGCGUCUUCGUGUGCUGCUGGCUGCCCUUCUUCGUGCUCAACUGCCUGGUGCCCUUCUGUGCCCCCGAGCCGUGCGUCAGCAGGGCCGUGCUCAGCGCCUUCACCUGGCUGGGCUGGGCCAACUCUGCCCUCAACCCCAUCGUCUACGCCUCCAACGCCGAAUUCCGCGCCGCUUUCGCCUCCCUGCUGGGCCGCGGCAGCGCCGUGGAGAAGACGGCGACCUUCAGCAAGGAGCCGGCGUCCUUCCGCCCCGACACCAGCGAGCCCAGGGCUCCGCAGCCCCCCAGCCCGCCCCAGCUGCUGCCCCACGCCGUGCUGCAGGUGGAUAACCACGAGCUGGCCUUGGAGAAGGUUCCUCCGGGUUCCUCCCCACCUCAGGACGCCCUUCCUGGGUGUGGAACGCCGGUCUGGCCGGGGAGGAUUCCCCCUCUCGCCAGCGGCGCCUUCCAUUGAGCCUGGCUGGGAAAAGGGGGAGCUGGGCAUUCCCGCCAGCCCCUUCUCCGAGGACACUCGGGGUGCUCCGCUCUGUUUGCA